CCCCGCCCCCUGCCGCUACCUGAGAGACGUACCUGAGUACACCUGAGUACCUGUCCGCACAGUUCUGAGUGAGCGGAUCAGGAGGACCGGCAGUCCGUCAUGGCGGAGUCUCAGUUGCUCUGUCUGGACGACGAGCACGUGAAUGAGAAGAUCCCAGAGUCCAGACCAGAGUUCUACUACAGCGAGGAGCAGCGCGCGGCGCUCGAGCGGCUGUUGCGGACUGGCGACGGCGCCUUCAAGAUGCGCUUGAAGGAGGACAACAUCAAGGACUUCCUGUCCGCCAGAGAGGUCCGGUUACUCCGCAAGACAUUCACCGAGUACGACCCGGACACUGAGGCCGAGACUGGAGACCCUGGAAAGUCCAAAGGGUCCUCCAGCGCGGACUCCGGUGUCCACUCUACCUACUGGCCCCAGAUGUCAGACACAGAGGUCCCCACUCUUGACAUUGGCUGGCCCGGGACCAGCGGCCUCUACAAGGGGGUGACCCGGGUCAGCGUGUACACACACCCGCCCAGAGAACCAGGACCACAUAUCAAGGAGGUGGUGAGGAGGCUCAUCCAAGAUGCACAUAAGGUACGCUUUAUAUUUCAGUGCUUAUAGAAACUCAAUUUACGCUCAGGGUAACAAAAAGCAAAAUACAUUUUAAAAAAUGAAAGUUUUCAAGAGUCCUUACAUGAAGGGAAGGUGGUGAGGAGGCCCAAUUCUUGAUGUUGACAGUUAGUGCCUUUUGUGGCCCAGUUUAGAUGACAAAUGAUCAACCUAAAACACAAAACAUGCCUACAAAAAUGUAUUUUGAGUAUAAUCAUUUGAAAUUGAUGUGGCCUAAUCACACAAAAACAGUUUUUUUUUUAAUAUCGCCUCAAUUAACAGAUGAAUUAUUCUAACUUGUGAAUAACUUCACAAGUUUGGGGCACUUUUUAGGAAGCUGUAACUGACCCUUUCCAUUUAAUUCUGCUUAAACAUGUUCUUUACUACAUUUAUUUGGCAGGUACUCUAAAGAUAAAAACAUGUCCACCUUCAUUAAUUGAUAACUUCUCAAAUUUUCUCUUAUAUGGCCUGCUGUAGGAGGAAAUUGACCCUGUCAUCAGGUUGACCACUGACGGAAGAUAAACUGACAUUUUAUGGCCAUUUAUUAUGAAAAUAAGAGAAGUGCAGUAAAAGCUGAGAGCAGUGGAUUGCACUUAAUGUCCCUGACCCAGUUUACCAGCACAAUAAAAGACCUGAACGUUUAAAAUGAUUGGCUGCGGGUGAUCAUGUGACAGAGACCCCAGGCUGAGAGAGAUUGCAGUUACUCAUAUGUCUUGUUUUAGACAACGUGUGAUAAAUGACAGGUGAAGUUAUAGCUCUGAGUCAGCAAGUUUUUCUAAAAAUCAACAAAAUAUUCACUAUUCUACUCUUGAGUCAUGUAGACUUUGUCAAUUUCCUUACAUCUUACCAAAAAGUUUUCCUACAGGCUACUUUUAUAAAAAAAAAUAAUAAUAAUAAUAAUAAACAAAACCAUAAAUAAAGCCUUGCCAAAAUUUUUAUUUUAAAUAUCUUAAAUAGAAAUAAAAUUUCAAAUGUCAAGGAUUCAGGAGCUUGUUGAGAUCAGAAAAUAACAAAGUGCUUUUUUGGAGCUCCCAUGAGUAAUUUUCUGUUUUUGUCAGUUUUGGUGCCCCCUGUGGACAAAACAGUCUCUGCCUAUCUUCUCCUCCACUGAGUGAUUUAAAAAAAAAAUUAUCCUUUCAAUAUUCAACAGUCAAAAGUGUCAUUUAUUGUGAAUAUUUUAUGCUGCUUGGCUGAAACCUACCCCCUGACAUCACUAAAACUGUUAGUGUUGAUGCUGAUAGUCUUGUUUGCUUGUGAAUGUCAUAAAAAAAUGACAACACUUGAAAAUUAAAGCGUAAAAAUCGUCAAUUUUGUAAGGAAUCAAUAUGAAUUUUGUAAACGUGAAAAAAACAUUACAGGAGCUUUAAAUACCAUAAAAAACAGAAUAUAGGAAACAGGACCUGUUUUGGGGACAUGUGUAGCUGUUUCUACACACCUCCAAAUACUAUUACACAGUAGAAUCACUCUCACUGUAUUUUAUACCUAUGGAUUUGUUGCACCAGGGUAUGGGAUGUAAUCAAAUUGAGAUGACAGAAAAGGUAGUAAAAGUGCGUCUUGUACACCACAUAGUUUAUAUAUUGUACAUUGUUUCUGGAGUGAAUGGGAGCAGAAAUGCUACACUUCAUUUUCUUGCUUUCCAGAGUGAGGAAAUAAUUGUUAACAUUACGUGGUAAAGAAAUUAAAUAACAUUUCACUUAGAGAUCCAAAUUUCCCCUAAUUAUGUGGUUUUUUUUCUUGAGUUUGAAGCAGGCUGACAUUUGAAAGCAAGGACAAAAAUUCACAAGAAAAGUACCAACAACAAACCCUAACUUUUCCUUACAAUGCAAAUGAUAUUUCUCAGAAGAAGAGUUGAAAUGAACAAAUUAAAAAAUGAUCUCCUUUAAUGAUAGACUUAUUAGCUGAUUCUUUGGCUGGAUAUAUUAAAUUCUGGGUAAAAUGUAAGUCUCGAUACUGUCAGAGUAACAUUUGAAUGUGUGCUCAGCAAUAGAUGACUGAUGUGAGUAAACUUUCCACCCGGUUUGGAGUGGUUAUAUAAGUUUCAAACAGGACACAGCUAACAGUCACAGGUGUAUUCAGGUACUUAGACAAACAGCAUCACAUGUCAGCAGACUAAGAGGAGUUUACCGACGAGCUAAUUUUAAGAGGAAACACUUGGCAGGUCCUCAGAGUGCUCACAAGAUUGGUUUACCACUAAAAUGUCUGGUUUAACUUGUAACACUAGUGCAGUCAUGAGGUUUUAAAGCUUUUAUAUUCCUGAACUCAGUCUCUUAGAUUCGGUGUAUCAGUUACUUUACUUGUUCCUGUUUUUAUUCAAACCAGAUUCCUGCAGGUGCUUACAAAGCUCAUGUGAAGGCUGCAGGGUAAAAGCGUCCAACGUGUUCAAACUUGUUUAGUUCAGCCCAUUUUUCUUUAAUUCACGUGGAAGGGAAAAUAAAACUGACAGUUAAGAGUUAUUACUCAGAUAUUAAAUGAUCACAAACUACAGCAUCUUGAUGCGUCAGCUUAUACAUUGAAUAUUUGUCAUGACUAACAUGAGGAGUAUCUGCUUAUAUCUGCAGGCAUCUGUGACAGAAUCUGUAUAUAAUGACAGAAACUCUAGGAUGAAUCAUUUAGUAACUGCAUUAUCUGGUUUUUAAUCCCCUACAGCCUAAAACGGAAGAGUUUCAUGGCAGAAAAAAGUUUGAUUUGACUCACACAGAAACUGUUUACAGUGAUAGUGUUGGCAGGAUUCACAUUCAACACUUUUAAAACCACUAAACAAAAAGUUGAACUCACAAAAAUUGGACAAAGCCGGUCUUGUGACUCUAGAAAAUCCCGGAUUACGAUCACAAAGCUCUCAUUGGCAGAUUUCAUCAGCUAUUGCCUGCUUAAGUCCGUUCAUGCUAAAACAAGUUUCUGUAGGUUUGUCUUGUCCACCUGAUUCUUGAAGAUUCAAUCCUGAUAAUUCACAAGUAAAUGUCUGUGAAUAUCUUCAAUCUGUGUUAUAGAUACGUAUGCUUAUGCGUAUACAUAAACGACACAAAGGUUUUUCGACAGAGGCGAACAAACAGAAAGUAAACUUCACCUGUGAUGAUAAACAUGAUGGUAAAGGAACAGCUUAUCUCAUACUGGAGUGUACAGCAUGUUUGACCUGCUUUCUCAAUGCUUAGUGAAAAUGUAAUGACGUGUUUUCAACAAUAGAAAAGAAUUAGCAGAUAACGACUUUGUUUGCCAAAGGCAAAGCUAGCUAAAAAGAUUACUUGGCAAACAACUUUAACACAGAAAAUGGAAAAACAAAGAUUGUUGAAGGUAUGUGCCAGAUGUAACGCGAGCUUCAAACUUUUCAUUGUUUAACUCAUCGUCAUCAUCAACUCGUCAUCAACUUUUCAUUUGGAGAUUAUUUGAAGGUGAAAUUGACCGCCAAAGUACCUAACGUGAGGUAGCGAGCUGGGCAGGCUGAUGUUUGUCACUGAAUCUGACACUUUUUUUUUUUAACUCUGUGAAUACACUUAUUAGACCUUCAAACACACAUUUAGAAAAUAACUUUAUAUCUUUCACAACUGUACAUUGCAUUACAAAAUACUAUUACGUUAUCCAUAUGCACAACGCAAACGUUGUUCAUGUUCACGUGAAACCUCUCUGUUUACCUUUGUGUUUAUAUAAGAAAAAAUAGAUCAGGUUAAACACGAAAUGUACACAGUGUGCUUUACUCAGAGCCAAAUUGUGAUUGCGAUGUGUCUCUCAGGUUGUUUAGUAUAAUGUACUCUUUAUUUUUAUGCAAAUCAUUCAGAUACAAAGAAAUGAAGACAGGUACAGAUACAUCCCCAGGCACUCACAGUCUGUCCUGCGUGAUGAUUCUCUAGCAUCAUUAUGUAUCAUUAACAUACAUUGUAGUUGAGGUGAUAAGUUGAAUAAAAACAUCAAAAUGUCUUUACAGAGUCGUGUUUUCACAUGUGGGUUUUUCCAGUCAGGCAUAAAAACAGGUGAGGGUUAACCUGCAUCAAUAAUAUUCCUAUUUCAAUAGAAAAGUCAAGCAGGUUUAAACAGGCUGAGUCAUACAGAGGCUAAAUGUCAGCUUCACAUCAGGACAUGUUCACCCCCCACCUUCUUCCUGUACACUGGGGAGGAUUGGUUCGUAUUUUUCACUGGCACACUCACUGAUUCAAACUGCUGCCUCAGGUGUUGACCUCACAGGUAUGCAAACAUGAGACGAAGAGGGAAGCGCUCAUCAGCAGUCUGACGUGGAACACUGAGGCUACAGGCUUAGGGUUCUUUUUUUUAUAACCACAGGACGUUAAAAUAAUAAAAAGGACAUCGCCCUCACUGUUAUGUCAGCCAUUGGCUUCUCCAUUGUGAAUCCAAAGUCUUGGGUUUGGCAUUUGGCUGCCAUGUUCGUGCCAGGAGUGGUUAUACUUGGACGAGAGGGUGGGGAUGGAAAGAGAGGGGUUAGCAAAGAUUAGUUAUUAAAGCUAAACAACAGCUUAUUCAUUAGCUGAAAUCAGGGCCAUGUUUUCAACAGGAUGAGAAUUUAUCUGUGGUUGUAGAUGGUGGAGUUAUUAGUAGUAUUAUUUUUUAUAUUUUACGGUGAGACAAGAAGUUAAGCCUGUGGAACGUAGCAUCUCUGGGGAGAGAUAGAGUUAACAACACAUAUAAGUUAACUUUAAAGAAGCAUUUCUAUAAUUGAUAGUCUGAACUCCAUGUUCUCUGAAGGAAAAGACAACAACAGUCCAAAUGAACAUCCUUAUGAGCCACAUACAGUCGGUAUAGCCUUCUGACAAGUAGGGGAUAAUGUUUAGUAAGCAAGUGGUAAAGCAAACCUGAAUUUGCCAAGGUUACUAGUUACAUAGAUACUGCCAAGUUUAGGUUGUGUUUUAGCAAUCAGCAAAUUAGAGAUGAGCUCGUUAGCUUUGCUACCAUUGCGUGGAUUGCAGGACAAGAUGUAGUUCCACUUUCCCCUGGUGGAGAUCAUUGGAGUUUAGUAGCUCCUCAGGCUGCUCCUACACACCAAGGGAAGACUAUUUAUCUAAAACAUCACAUCAUUCAUCUCAAAAGGCUUCCAGCACCACAAACAUUUAAAAGUCUUCACUGAAUUUGAAGAGAGACUUGGCAUAGUCAGUGCUGCAUUGACAGAGAAAUGAGCUUCAAAGACCAGGCUGUAAAAAAUAUGUUUAUUUUUGCUGUAAACCAGGACAUGUUAAUAUGGGGCUCUGUCGGGAUUGACUCACUUUUAGAGACAGUCUCUAGUGAACACUUGAAAAACUUCCAUUUUGGGACUUCUGUAUCAGCUUCUGUUUCUUUCCUGGAGGUUUCUGCUUAGUUCAAAAGAACACAAAACAGAAGCUGAUCCAGAUCAGACUGACUGACUUUGAAAGUGGGUCUGCUUCUGACCACACAUAGACUCAUGAGCCAAUCCUCCUCUACUGUCUCUUUACAGUAGCUUCAGAUGGCUUAAUUAUCUGAUUACAUACAGAGAUUGCUCUCCUUGAGGUGAAGUAAAUCAUCUACAGCUGAACCUGUGCCAAACCCCUGAGACUGAGCUGUCUGUACCCUGAAGUUCAAGCUGUAAGUCUUAUAGAAAAACAUCAUCUGUCGGUGUGACUGCAGGGGGUUAUUAUCUGAGGACUGAGCUGCUGAUGUAGGUUGAAUUGAGCUGGGUCUUGAUUAGGUGUUUCUCUACAUUGGGUUUCAGAGCCAGGUGAUUCUUGACCAAAAAAUCUUUACAAGCUGUUCAGCCCAGCACAAAAACUGCUAAGUGCUAUUUCUCUGUUUUCUUGUUGGGGUCCAGUCACUCCUCUUCUUCUUUUCACGUCUGUUUUUUACAUCAAAAGGUUGUCAGAAGUAGUCCAGAGAUUACAGAGUAUAAAAACAUUAAAUGUGAUCGUCUGUUAACGUGUGCCUCAUUCAGAUUUAUCUGUGGUUAAUGUUAAUUUGAAAUGGCUGAUGCCAUUUAAGAUUCUUUGAGCUUGUCACUUGUAAAGCUGUCUGUCAGCAGAGCGCCAUGGAUCAGAGCCAAACAUGUGAGCGGUAACGCAGAGACAGAAAAACACAACCACAGAAAAAUACUCAGACAAACAUGUCCAUCUCCUGUGUUUGAUGACAUGAACAUCAUAGAGUACGGACCUUGAACAUAAAUAGAUCAAGCAGAGAGCCCCUGAGUGUCUACUUGAUGCUGACCUGCUUACUGUCUAACAGGAUGAUUCAUCUUCAGCGCACAUCCUGGUCUUUUUGUCACACUCUGUAAUAGUAAUUACUUCAAGUUAAUGGACUGAGUCCAAACUUUGUCAGCUAAUCUUAAAUUACCUGGAACAACAAGUUUAACUGAAUCAUCUCUUGUUGUUAAGUGAUCUCUUUGCCUCAAUGACAGGUGAGACUCAGGCAGAGUGUUAACUGCGACAGAGGGAGGGUUGGAAACUUGGGUUGUCUCUGAGGCUGCAGGUGGUUUUGAUGGCUACUUUUACAGACAGCUGGAGAUAAAUUUGGACUCUAAUUCCCAGAUAUCCCCAGGUGUGAUAUUAGUAACAUGCUCACUAUUAUUCACACACCUGUCUGCCUGGAAAUUUUCCAGUUUUUCCAGUUUUUUCCCCCAUUUUUAUGACGGUAAAACAAAUUAGGUCGAAAGACAAGAAGUGUGAGUAACACUGAGUCAUCUGUUGAGUGAUUACAUGUUUUCCUCUGAACUAUAGUCAGGAGAUUAAAGAGAUUAAAACACACAAAGGAAAAAUUUAGUCCCUAAAUUUGUUCAUGUGUCAAAACAAAAAUAGAGCACACAGCUGCUAGAGAGACCGGAGGAUACGACCUGUUUUAGUCACAUCCUGUUAUUUACAUUUUGAAUAAUUCCACAGUAGAUUUCACCAGCUAGGACUAAGUUCGGGAUGGAGGAGGAGGAAGUUGACUCUUUUCUAAAGUUUUAGGGGAUGAACUGCCUGAGGAAGUUUAAAUGUUAGUAUAAGAAAAUGGUGCCUGCAAAUGGGGCUGUGUUUAAAAUGACUGUGGGAGGAGACCAUGUCAUAUUCACAACAGUCUCAGUCGAAAGUGUUUUAAAACUUUGAAUUCACAAGAUGUGACGUGUUUUCAAAUGGUAGAGCCCUGAGAAUCCAGUUUUACAUAAAUACCAUACGUUCUUGAGAAACUGGGUCUGGAGUUAGGAGCUAUGUUGGCUGACAUUAGAGAGAUUACAGCUUGUACAACACAGUUUGAUUAGCAUUGAAUGAGCAAUAGUAAGUCUCAACCUAGGUAGUCAACUUUGUGGUGCAGCCAAACAAAAAACAGCCAAAGUUACAAACUAAUAAAAAGUUUUGAUUAAUGUGAUUACAGUGAUAACUUUUAACCCUCACUGAAGACAACUUCUCAAUCGAGAUGUUGCAACAGGUCGCUGAAUAUUCUUGCAAAAUACAGAAGUAAUCAUUGGUUUCUUUCCAAAUGCAAGUUAUUCCCCUGAAGGAAAAAUACACUCAGCCCCUGUUCUGACUGUAUGUGUUACAUUUUCACUUUUAUUUUGAUUUUACUUCACAUCCCAAAAGCCAGUGUUAGCUUAAUGCUCUCUUGCCUACAGACAAAACACUAGGUAGGGAUGUGUGCAUUCAGCCAACUAAAAGAUAGUUACACUUGCCUAAAAAUCUGUCUAAACUGCGCCAGAGUUACUAGUUGGUUAAAUUAAUCAUUAAUAUUUUAUUAACUGGUCAUAUGUUGUGACUAUGCUGUACAGCAACCAUCCACCAGUAGUCAGGUUGUAGCUCAGAUUUAUAGCGAAAAACUAUGAUGCUCUACUAGCGCACUGCUAAACUUUGAUUCAUAAGUAUGUUUGCUUUCACAAAUUCUCCUGAAGGAAUAAUUUUGAUAUGUAACUUUAAAUCACAGACUAGAUACCAAAGUUAGCUUAUCAACUGGUGCCUGUGGACAAAAGGCUAGCUAAGGAUGUGCAUGUGUCGUCAGCUACAUGAUUAAACAGUGUAGCGAGCUCAUCUGCUGCUAUCCUGGUUCAGGUGAUGGCUGGUUAGUAUAUUGAUAGAGAUAAAGAUGUCUAUAGUCUGUGUCUUGUUAAACUGGCACAUGCUUCUCUGAUGUGUAACUAUCACACACGUGGGCUCUGACCUGUGAGGAGGACCACAGGCUGGUGGUGCUUGCUCUGCUAAGACCUGCUUACUCUGUCAUCAUGCGCUUGGCCAUGUUGAGUCAAUCAUGAUCAGUUUUUACUGUUCAUUGAGUGUUUUGACGAGUCUGUUGAUUGGAAUUUCAGUUUCUGUUAAAACAGUCACAGAAUUGGCCACUUUGGGACACUCCUGAUAGAAGGUCGUUCCAUUGUGGGUAAUACUUUUUUUUUUUACCUCCUCCUCUCCCUCCCUCUUGUGUGUACUUUCCCCAUCUGUAAAUGCAAUUUCGUUGUGCACAGUUGCAAUGACAAUAAAGACCAUACCAUAUCAUACUGUAAGCUGGCUGAGAAUGCUGUCUACCUGAUGCUACCUGCUGGUCCUUGAUAACUUUUCUUGUAUUUCUUGUUUUGUCCACGCUCAGCAGAUGACGUUGAGUCUGCUUCUGUUCAAGGUUUCUAAUUGUUAGAGGAAGGUUUUCUUGCUCAUGUUGAAUUGAUGUUGAGAUUAUCUAAAUAACAAAGAUGACACUCUGCUCCUGUUCUUCAUCGAGUAUCCUCAGAUAACUUCACACAUGGUGUUUUUACAAAGAACUUUAUCCUUGCACUUUGAUUUGACUUUAUUAUGUGUUCCUCAGGUGGUGGCCAUAGUCAUGGACCUGUUAACCGACCUGCAGAUCCUCCAGGACCUGCUGGACGCCACGUCUCGCCGGGCGGUCGCCGUCUAUGCUCUGCUUGAGGCAAGAGGACUGCCUUAUUUUCUGGACAUGUGCACCAGACUGCAGAUCAACGCCAUGCACUUGAGGGUGAGGAGUGGACUGAAAGAAACAUGUAAAAACAUCUAUCAGCAUAAGACAGCAUUAGAAGAUGAAAUCAAGUCAAAGUUGGAAAGGGAAAAUGAGCGCUGAGAGUCUGAAUGAAGGUCUUGACUUAAUUAAACAACCACGAGUAGUUAUCCAGAGUUAAACAUUAAUGUUUCAUAUGUUACACUUCUUUGUAGAUCCUUCCAAAAAAAGACUUUGAGCUUUGUGUAAUAAAUCUGCGUCCUGUUAAAACAUGUUAAUCAGUGACUAAUCAAAUACUCGAUAUUCCUGAGAUGAAUAAUAGCUGCUUUAUUCGCUCUUUAUGCUUCAGCGCAGAAAACCACUGACAUGUAAAGGAAUCCAGUUUCUUUUCCAAAUAUCCUGCAGACAGUUUAAGGUUUGCUCUCAGAGUUUUAGAUCAUUGCUGAUAGCUCUACCCUCACAAUACAAACACUGAUAUAAGUUCCUUUGUGGUGUUUACAUACUGAACACCAUCCUGAUUUGUGAAGAAAUCUAUUAGGAUUAUUCAUUGACUAUAAGUGUAACAGUUUCUAUUGGAAGAAUUUUCUGUCAUCGACCAUAAAAGAAUUAAAUUAAUUAAUUAAAUUAAUUAAAUUAGAAUAAAAGAAUUAAACUGCAAAAUAAAGUCUUGUUUCAAUAAGGCUAACAUGGAGAGUUACAUGAAAUACAUUCAAUUUGGAGAAAAGCUGAUCCUAAACUUCAUGCAAAAACAGAAAAUAAAACCACUUCAACUGUUAUUUAUCUGUUUAAAGUAAAGUAUUUAACAAGGGAAGUGAAUGGAUGGAAUAGUUUAAGUUAGAGUGUGGAGUAUAUAGCAACAUUCAACAGAGCAGACUUAGUAGAAGUGGAAUAUGAUAUUCUUAAGUAUGCGAAGGUUAGUGUAUAAUACAGAAGGCUGCCAUCUUGCAACGCCAUGUUGUUACCACGGCACAGACAAACCAGUAUUACAGCCAUACGGGACAAUAAAAGCACUUCUAGUUGCACAGCUAACAGAGAUCUGCAGCUAAACAAAACUAAAAUGGUUAGCAGUGGUUUACUUUUGCAGUUGUUUUCUACUUUGGUUUGUUUUUGUGCCUUGGCUGUCAGUCCUGUUGUUUUGGCUUUUAACAACCUGUUUGUCCAUUUGCACAGUGUGUUGGUUUCAAUUGGUUUGUUUUGGAUUUUACACCAGAGGGGAAAUUUGGUUUCUAACAGAAGACCACUCAAGCACAUUGGCCUUAUUUUCAACUCUGUUAUUUGCUCCUUUCAGACUUUAUUAUUCAUAUUGUUAUAUUGUUUUUUCAUUGUCAUACACCACAUGUGGUGCUUAUGUGUUUGUGCAUUUUGAGCUGUUUAUGGGAAAUUGGAGUAAAACACAAAAGCAAAUUUUCUUGAAAAGCAAAAGGUGAAUUUUCAGUACAUAGAAAAACAUCUGCUGGAAAUAUUAAAACCAGAGAGCUGAUCAGUUGUAGGGCAGUCAGUAGCUCACUGAGUCAGUCAGUGUCAAACUCACCCACAUCAGAUACCGGUCUGAUCUGAUCUGGAACCAGCUUGCAUCUCCAGUCUGUUCUGGUUUACUUGUUACCUGUGGUGUCAGGUAACCCAGCUAUGAAAGAGCCUUUCAGAGUGUCGGCUAUGUUACUCUGACCGCUUACAAUAAAAACACUCCUGAGAACUGAUCCAGGGAAACCGGAUACCAGAUUAUACAGGGCCUCUCCCCAGUUCCCCUGGUGCUCCUUCAAGUAUCAUUGUCUUCUCCUUUCUCCCCCUCUGAGCAAACACCUGAGGCGAAAAGGUUUGGGGUUUGUUUCUUCAGUUGGUUUAUUGAAUGUGUCAGGUGUGGCAGUUUGUUUUCUCUUAAAUCAUUCACUUCUGAACAGAAUGAGCAGACUCAGGCUCACCUGUGUGAUGCUAACAGGUCUGAAUGUGUGUCUCUCUCUGUAGAACCUGCGUGUGCGGACAGUGAAAGGAGCAGGUCUCGCUCUGUCCUUUGGAAAGCUGCCUGGCUCCUUGUGCUCCAGGUACAUGCUGGUGGAUGGAGACAAAGUCAUGUUCGGCUCCUACAGGUGAGCAAUAAACUCAACCACGACUACCACAGCCACCAACAAUAACAAUAUUCAACCACAGCUGUGCAUCAACUAUGUUAGCCAGGUCCUGCAUGACUUUACUUUUAUACAUCUAUUUCACAUUACUCUCUCUGUUUUAACAAAUCUGGACAGAAAAUGAUCAUAAUGACAUAUACAGUAUAAUGGCAUUUUAUUUUAAGCAAAGUUUAAGUACAGAUAGGCCACCUGAUCUUCACAUCAGCCCAUUCCAGCUGAGAAAUCAGCCAGUUCCUGUCCGUCAACUGGCAAAUGUCAAAUUGGGCGUAUUAGUUAAAUUGCUCCAGCCCACAGUGUCUUGCUGCUUUUUUCCACAGCUAGUUUAUAACCCAUCUUUAACCCAGCUCCUCUUUUUAAAAAUGUGAGUCAUUAUACCAGUCUCACAUGAUGCCUGCUCUAUUCUGUUACCCAGGGGUCUUUGCUAAUGCUCUCCCUGCUUGCUACCUCCUGCUUUCUUUGCAAACCACUCUGCAACCCACCUCCACCACAGCAUCUUUUUGAAGCUGUGUCUCAUAAUACCAAUGUCAUCUUGAUUAUUACCAACGCUUAUUCUGUCAUGCUUGCCAUCUCAUACUUUCUUUGCAAACUGCUCAGCCACCAUAGUUUCUCUAUUUAGGAUUUAGUCUCAUGAUUCCAGUGGAUUGUUACAGAUGCCUGCUCUGUUCUAGUCCCCAUGGGUCUUUGCUUUUGCUCCGCCUGUCUUGGCUUUUAAUGUAUGAACAUGACAAAGAGAGAUGUGCUUACCCCACAGCAAGCCCAUAAAUGAUAAACGUGCAUGUGAAAGGGCAGGAAGCUCUAAAACAAAACCAUACUUCCUUUUAUAGCUGCAUACAAUUCAUACAUUUAAAAAAAAAAAAAUCUAUAAAAUAAUAAUUUAGAGAUUUUACUAAGAAAUGUGAUGACAUACACUUGACACACUCAAAUUAACAUAUCCAAAAUUGUUAAAAAUGUCUCAUUAUAUUCUACAGUGUUUGUAAAAGGUAAAUUGUUGUUACUGCUGUUUUUCAGGUUUUAGGCUUUAGUUUGGCGCUGGUGAAGCUUUAGCUGGGGUUUUGAUCAAUCAGAAUCAAGUAUUUAACUUGAAGUGCAAGUCACAACAAGUAUAUUAAAAAAGUAAAGACACUGUUGCAUUUCCAAACCACAUUUUUUAAUGAGUUUUUUCUUGUUGUUUCUUUGAAAGCUUGCAGAUGUUAUUUGAGAGACAUGACUGACUCUGCAGCCUCAGAUCUGCAGUCAUAAAUUCCAGUAACUGUCACAUGAACAGGUGGUGUUGCUCAAGAUUGUAUAUGAUUUAAAGCUGGUUUUUCCAGUGAAGAGCGUGCAGAUAAUGAAGUUUAGAUGCAACUUUAAAACAUUUUCUUGGAUAAAGCCAGGAAGGAAAAAAGUUCCAGGAUAAUCCCUGAAGUGUCCAGGAGUGAUAAUAAUGGUGAACUAGAUUUAAAAAGUACACAGGAGUGUUUUCCUUUAUAAAGUUUACUCUUUGACCCGGUCAAUCAUUGGUCUGAACUUUAAUCAGCUGAUGGAUAUGAUCUGUUGACCUAAUUUCACUUUAAGACACAGCAGACAACAAGACAACAAAAGUUUGUACAGCAGCGCAUUAAUAGCUUAAUAAUAAUAACACUUAAAGAAUGACAGGAAUGCUUUUAGCUGCUUUUAAUCUUUGUAUUGUCUGAAAUAACUGAAAACAUGUCUGCUGUGGCGGAUCCACAUGUUAAUUGUUAGUCUGAGGCCUGUGUUAGGUGAGUAAACACUCUCUGGGCGUCUCCUGAGAGAGCAAUAAAAACAUCAACAAGGCUCAGUAAAAUAAUUACAUGUCCUUAAUAUGUCAGUCAGUCAGUCAGUCAACUGUCUGCAUGUGUGAAUGAAGUUCAGAAAAAUAUGUGAAACUGUGGAAUAAGAUGAGAAAAGGCGAAACAUUACAACUCUUAAUAACCUGAUGUGACAUUAUACUACGAUACAGGAAAAUUCAUACCAUAAAGAUGGAACACCAAAGAGUUGAUGCAAUAAAUCAAAAUGAGUUUUAGUUAUUUAAUUAUUGAUGCAAUACAACAUUCUAUGAAUCGUCAAGUUACGUUCUGUUACGUUCUGUUACGUUCUGUUACGUUCUGUUACGUAACGUUAUGUUAGGUUAUGUUGUUUUGUCCAUACUGCAUUACAUUAUGGGAAGUUGCAUGGCAUCAAGUUGUGUUAAUUAUGGUACAUUGCAUCGUGUCAUGUUGUGUUGCAGUUCUUACCAUUAAGUUGUGUUGUGAUACACUGGAUAUGGUGUGUUAUUGUAGGAUAUGUUGAGCUGGCACAUGAAGAUACCAAACCGCAGCACAUGGUUUAUAUUAUAUUGUAUCAGGUUAAGUUUUGUUUCAAUUUGUGAUAAUACUAUAUACUAUAUUACAUGAGCUGAAAUUGAUCUGAUUUUAAAAAGAAAUUAAAAUGUUGGAACCAGAAACACUGGAGACUGUAGAGUUUAGAAUAACAAAUAACAUACUCUUUUAAUCCAGAUUUCUGUCGUAUGGUGUUUUAUCAAAUUCACGGUUAAAAAAAAGAGGAAAAACAUAAAUCCCAAAAAGGAUGUGAAUUAGUACACAUAAUUGCAUUUCAUUUCUUUGAAUUGUUUAAUCUUUCAUUGUUACGAUCACUCUUUUAUGUUUGAGAGAAGGUUUAGUGACAGACAGACAACCCAUCAUUUUAACCAGACAAAUCUCUGAACCAGACUGUCUCCAGAAAUCAUCAGAUUAGAAUAUUUUGGACAUAAGAAAUAAGAGAGUUAAUCUCCUGUAAACAGAGGUCGCACCUGUAUACAGAUGACACACACGUCUAUGUUGUUUCUUACCUGCAUUUGAUUUUGUCAUUCAGUCUGAGUCACCUGGUGAAACAGUUUAAGAGGUAAAGAAGUCUUCAGCAAUCUUUGUGAACAUAUGAAAAAUCAAAACUAACACAAGUUGUGCCGAUCAACAUGAGCACAUAUUGCCUUAUUUGUUAUGGGACAUAAAAUAUAGUCUUGUAAGAUUUUGCAAAAAAACUCUAAACAGUCUCCACACUUUUUAUGGCUCCAAUAAGAACAAUUCUAUAAAAUAUUGUAUAAGAUAAUUUAUUUAGCAGCUCUGCAUUCAGAUGUAAGGAAAAUCAGACAGUUACGGUGAAGAUUUCAUAUACUUGAACAUACCACUCUCUGCUCUAUAAAGUAGACGUGGUGAAGCUGCCAGCAGUCAGUAAGCUCAGCUGAACUUAGAGACCUUGGAAAAGUUUUCAAACGUUCAGAGAAAAAGAUUUCCCAUUCACUGCACAAGCUCUUCCACCUACAUCAUAAUGCCCCGUGGGCUAGCAACACCAAGCUAGCUGCCUAACCUGCUUACAAAGUGACGGAUAACUUCUAGUUUGAAGAUGAUUAUUUCUUUUAGCAUUUGUACUGCGGUCUAUUAUAUCAAGUUCAAUCCAAAUAAUAACUUCACAGUGUGUGUUACUUGGCUAUGUAUAAGUCUGUGUCCUUGUUUGAAUUGUUUUUAAAGAAUCACAUGAUAUGUUGGGACAUGAAGGAUGCACCUGAUGAAUCUGUCUUGGGCGAGAAAAAGUAGGAUGUAUUUGUUAAGUUUUUAAAACGGGACCGCCUUCAAACAUGUCCUUUGAAGGAUGCAGUUGUGACCCAACUUCUGUUUUGUUUGUUUGUUUGUUUGUUUUCUACAUUAUGUAAAAUGAAGUGGUGUAAAGUACAGUCUCACAUUUUAGGAAGGUCUUUAUGGGACAAGAAACUUUUGUGCUUUCCAUUGGUGGCUGGUCAAGAUUUUUGGGGGAUUAUUAAAGUUCAGCUUCCUUUUUUUCUGCUCCUUUAGCUUCACAUGGACUUCAUCCCGGAUGGACAGAAACAUGAUCACGGUGAUGUCAGGACAGAUCGUGGACACGUUCGAUAAUGACUUCAGGGAGCUGUACGCCAUCUCUGAACCCGUUGACCUCUAUAAAGAGUUCAAUAUCACCAAGCCGCCACUCCCCACCCCCAUCAGGAAGCCAAAGUUGGAAACGAUCCGCCCUCUCCCCGUCACUGCGUCUCGUUUCCAGAUAUCCGUAGGAGAGUCCCGUCAGAUUGACCUGAAGGUGCCUGCGCACAAGUAUCACAAUCCUAAGUACUCGUUGGUGUUUGGGAACAGUGUGGGCUUGACGGGAUCUCUGCAGGACCUGUCGACCACAAAUGGCCCUCUGGUCAACGGGCUGAACCAGAGGAAUGGUCUGCAGAACCACAAAACCAGUAGGGAUAAGAUAGAUGGAGUCAAGGAGAACACGAGGGCAGUCUCCCCUCAGAGUACAGGUUCUCCCUCAGAGGAGGAGGACGAGGACGGUAAGGACGGACUGAAGAAGAACAAGAUCUCAGGUUCCAAGAAACAACGCAGCUCCUUUAGGCAUUUCCUGAAAGGCAGAGGAGCCAAUCAUAGCACAGACACAAUACUGGAGGGUGUGGUCACUCCUCCAAACCCCAGCCCUGUUACUAGAGUGUCAGAGACUAAUGAUGUCGCAGACAACGAGCUAGAGGACACGUUUGAGGUCAUCGAGAGACCAACUCCACCGAAAAUCAAAAUCAAAAAGCCUUCAAAGGUGAUCCAGAGAAGUAUGUCCCUGCAGACCAUCAACACAGGAGACGAAGACGGUACGACUCUUAUAUUUCGUGAUUAUUCUGCUGCUGUCUUCCAUAAAGCUGUGAUUUAUAGAAACUUCAGGAGUGAUUUAUCAACAUAUUGUUUCUCUGAUGUGGUCAGUUUGGUCCUCUGUUUUAUUAAAAUAACAGCUAAUAAAGUUUUAGAGCCACAUUAAAGAAAAACAAUUUCUAUAGAUUUUGAAUUUUGUUUCUGAGGUGAACAAUUUUUUUCCAAGUUGGCUUCUCAGGAGAAUAAAGUUUUAGUAAAACCAUCUCUAAAGCUGUUACUUCAGUCAGCAAUAAGCAGCAUAAUGCUGUUUUCAUUGGAGAUCACAUGUCUCAGCUUGGUGCAGUCUUUUCAGUGUCCUGACACAAGUACAAUUUGAUAAAACACUCCAUGUGUUUUUUUUUUAAGAAUUUGUCAUUUCUGUAAAUUUCCUACAGGAUCCAAAGGCCGGCGGAAACAUCAGAAGAAGAACUGCAUCCAGUCCUGAGAUAAAACCAGCGGACAGUUGGUAUUUGGAGGUAUAAAAAGCACCUCAUGGUUCUACCUGCUGAGUCACAUGAUCACUUACCUGUGACUGGUGACUGCUGGAGAAAUUAAAGCAGCUGAAGUCUGUCGGGGGUGAAAGUCCUCCGCAGAGUUAUUGCAGUUUAACUCAUCAUAUGAUCAGAAACUCCUGCAGAAAAGCCAAACAUUGAAAGGAUCACCCUCAUUUUGUUGUUUUUAUUAAAUUAUUCUGUUCAGUAUUUUUGUAUUUCCCACUUGAAUGCAGCCCAGGCAGGUUAUGUGGGUGGAUUUCAUCACGCCUGCAUGUUAACGUGGUUGCUAUGGAUGCAGGAAAGUGAUCAGUUGUGCUGAUGUCCCUGAGCGUCAUCUUACAAGAGACCCUCACUGGCAGAGACCGAGUUUGUACAGGUUAUGAAUAAUGAACGUUGAGCACACAGCUGCUGUUUUAUUUCACUGAUAUAAUGUGAAGACUUUCGACCACUUGAGAUGAAAAUGAUGAAAGUUUUGUAGAAAAUGUAAUAAAUACAUAAAAACUGUGGCAAACAAACUGGA